GGGCGCUGGCGCUGUGUGUGUGGGCCCGGCUCUGUGGUGCUGCCGCCAUGGGCGCCGAGCGGGAGGCGCGGGCCUGCGCCGCCUUCUACGGCACACGGGGCCUCGCCCCCACGGUGCUGUCCUGCCUGCGCUGCCUGCGGCACUUCGCGGGGAGUACUGCCAAGAGAUGCAAAGAGAAGCACCUGGAGGAGGCUCUGCAGCUGACACGGGCGCUGAGCGAGGGUCUGCAGGCGCUGGGAGAGGCAGAGGCACGACCCCUGCUCCGCUGUGUCCUGGCUUUCCAGAUGGAGGCAACCAGCAGCUCCAGCUCCUUCCAGAAACUGGAACAGAUGGUGACCCAGCUGGCAGUGGGGAAGGAAGCCCUGUUGGCCCAGGAGGUGGACACGCUGCUGGCUGGCCUGACACUGCAGGGAGAGGUGCUGUCUCCUGGGGACCUUCAGUCAGUGUCCAUGUUCCUGGAGGAGAGCAGCCUGGGCCGGCAGCACUGGCGGCAGAACCUGGCCCUGCUGCUGCAGCGCCUGGCCAGCACCCUGUGCUGGGUGCUGCAGGGCCAGCCUGCACCUGGCAGCACGUGGGGCUACCUGGUCGUCAAGGCCUGCCUCCAGGUCUUCCAGACGCUGCCAAAGGACGUGGCCCCCCUGCUGUGGAGCACAUCAGGAAAGAGUGAGACCCUGCAGAGCCUCUUGGGACUGCUGCUGGAGGUGGCCUGGGGGAAGGCCCUGAACAAGGACACAAGGCUGCUGGCAGGCACAGCCCUGAGCAUGCUGGUGAACACGGCCCCCCAGCCCCAGUAUGGGGCCAGUGCUGUGCUGACCCUGUUCCAGCUCUCCAGCAGAGCAGGCACUGAGGAGCUGAAGUUUGGGGAGCUGGUGGUGGAAGUGCCCCCUGUCCUGGAACCAGACGGGCUGGAGAAGCUGGUGCUCACCAGAGGUUUGCUGACGUGCUGCAAGACAGAGAUCCUCAGCUGCCAGCUGGAGGGCUUCCCCAACAAGGCCUGCCUGCUGCUGGACAUGGUCUUUCCUGCUGUGUGUGCCCUGACCAGGGAGCAGAAGGACUGCCACUACUACUGCUUCCAAGCCUGUGCGCUGUGGCUGCAGCGCCUGCGGGAGAGCCUGGCUGCUCUCUGGCACCUGACGGGGACCCGCAUCCUGGCCCAGGACACUGAGCUCCUGCAGGAGGUCACCCAGCUGCUGUGGAACAACGCAGAGACCCCGGUGGAAGGUGUGUCUGAGUUCAUCCACAGCUCCUUCCGAUUGCUCCUGGAGAUCUACCACCUGGAGUGCCAGCACUUCCAGGACCAGGAGAGAUCCCUCUACAAACAGAUGCUGCAGAGGGUGGUCUCUAUGCCAUGGCAGAUCAAAGCAAGAUAUGUGCCCCUGUGUGCCAUCGUCCCCUACAUGGGCAGCCAGCAGGUGCUGGAUGCCUACCCGGACCUGCCGCAGCAUCUCCUGAGCUGCCUCUCCACCAACCACCUGUGUCCUGCCGCUGCCGAGGUGUACAAGGUCCUGGUGCGGCAGCAGUGCAGCGAGUGGCGGGAUGGGCAGCGGGGCACAGAGGUGGCCCUGGCAGAGCACUGGGCACUGCGCUGGCUCCCCCUGCUCUCCCAGGCCCUCUGCUCUCCCCUGCCCAUCCUGCAGAGCAACGCUGCCAACCACCUCCUCACCUGGACCCUGCGGCAGCUCCCAGCCACCCAGGCACCGCUGGCCGCCCAGUUUGGUGGCAAGGACACGAUGUCACUCCGGGCUUGGGUGUCACUGCUGAAGGCACAGAAGAGUGUGGCAGGGGCGCUGCCGCUGGGGGAUGAGGCGCUGGAGCGGCUCUCCCUCUGCCUGGGCACCUGCGAGGAGGGCGUUCGGCUGGCAGCGCUGGGGCUGCUCUGCUGCAGCCCCAACACCAACCAGCCCCUCUCGGGCACCGAGGUGCAGCUGCUGCGGGAGUUCCUGCCCCUCAACCUCAACUGCGACUCCUCCUCGUUCCGGCAGCUGCUGCAGGCAGCGGUGCGGAAGGCGCUGGUGCGGCUGCGGGACAGCUCGCUGGCCCAGCUGCGGGGGAAGGCACCGCGGCGCUCCGGGCCGGGUAAUGGAGCUGAGCUGCUCGCCCAGGCAGUAGGCUUUGUGGAAUGGCUGCUGCAGCUCAGCGUCGCCUCACUCAGCCCAGGCUCCAACUACCAGAGGAAGAAGACGGCUCUGCUCCUCCUGGCUGCUGUUUUGGAGACCUGCACAGACACCUGGAGCCCUGACAGGAAGAAGGGCCAGCCCCCACGGACCAUGGCCACACUGCUGAGCUACGCCAGGCAAAGCGGCUGCUGGGACUUCUUCUCCCAGCCCAAUUUGUUUGCACUGCUGAGCUGCCUACAGGACAGCACUAACGAGGUGAGCCUUGUAAAGCCAAGGGGAAGUCAUAAAGAUGCCUGCCUUGGCCUCAGGCAGGCUCAGCUGGGAAGCCCACCAUUCUUCCCAUUCUCCUCUGUCCCACUUUUACCCAUGUCUUCUCUGUCCUGGCAGAUCAGAGACUUGGCCUCGGAGCUGCUUGUCCGCUACUUCCCCGCCACAUUCCCUGAGCCCAUUGCCCUGGCUCUCUUCCAGCUGGCCCAGGACACCCUGGGCAGCCCCCGUGUGCAGGAGGCUGAAGCUGGAGCUGUGCUGAUGAAGACCAUUUUGCAGAAGUCAGACAGUGGCACCAUGAAGAGCCUGUCCCUGGAGGCUGAGGCAGCCCUGACGCUGCCCACCCGAGGGUUGUGCUUCGCCCAACACCUUCUCCACAUGCUGCAAGCCCAGUACAAGGUGGCAUGCCAGGACCUGCUGCGGGCAGCAGCCACUGCACCAAUGCAUGGAGCCAUCGCAGCCCUGCGCCGGUGCCUGCUCCAGGUGCCAGAGGUGGCCGAAUCCAUGCAGGCAGCAGAGUUGGUGCAGAGCUGGCAGGAGGUCCUCACCCACCUCGUGACCACAGUGAGAGACAUCACCUCCCUUCUCCUGGGUGCUCUGCAGAGCCAGCAAGGCCCCAGUGCUGAUGAGCAAGCUGCUGCCCCAUCAUUUGCAGAGAUGGGGAACGCCAUUGGCUCCCUCAUCAUGCUGGGGAAGGGCCAGGGGCAAGAGGAAGAGGAAGGGGAUUCAAUCCUGCUGUCAGAGGAGCACAGCCUGAUCUUGACGUGCUGCUGGGUGUCAGUGAAGGAGAUCGGGCUGCUCCUGGGGGGCCUGGCCGAGCUGCUGCUAUCCCCAGCACUGCCUGCUGGACUGGGGCCCCUCCUGCCGCUCCCCACCCUGCAGAUGGCCUCCAGGGUGUUCCAGGAAAUCCUGCUGCGGUGCCGGCACUGGGGAGCAGUGGAGGGCUGCAGCAUGGGCUUCACCAAAUUCUGUGCUGCGCUGCUGAACCACCCGGAUCCAGAGCUGCAGGCCAUCCCGCGGGCUGUGCUGGAGCAGGGCUUGGAGGCACUGAGUGGGCCCCGGAGCAGCUCGAUCACACGCCGUGCUGCCGGCUUCCCCAUGCUCUUCCUCUGCAUCGUCAGCGGGGAGACCCCGGCGCAGGCACGGCCGCUCCUGACCCGCUGCAUCCAGACACUGCUGGCCUUGGCUGCCACAGCACUGCCACAGGACUGGGACCAGACCCUCGACCUCCCACAGGUGUGUGCCCUCCACGUGCUGCAGACGCUGGUCCGCGGGGCGGGGCUGGGCGGGGCAGUGCUGUGCCAUGCCACACCCAUGAUGGCCCUGGCACUGCGGGGCCUGGGCUCGCCCUGCUGGGCCAUGAGGAACGCGGCCAUCCAGCUCUUCAGUGCCCUCACAUCCCGGCUGCUGGGACAGCCAGGGAGCCACAGGGACGGCUGCCCAUCAGAGGGGCUGAGCCUACAUGCCUUCCUCGGGCAGCACCCAAAGCUGGGUGCUGUGCUGCUCGGGGAGCUCAAGGUGGCCACAGCACCCACAUCAGGGGGGCCUCGCCUGCACCCUGCACUCCAUGCCAUCCUCACCCUCUUGGCCCAGCUGCAGCCUGGCACUGACAGUCCUGGCAGUCCUUCUGCUCCCUUCCUGGGGCCACUGCUGGGGCUGGCAGAGAGCCCCAUCUACGCCGUACGAGCGAUGGCUGCCAAGGCUCUGGUGCCUGUAGUCCCCCCUCCCCAGCGCUGCAGGCUCCUCCUGCAGCUGGCCCGGCAGCUCCCCGCAGCACCCGGACAGAUCCUCUCGCACAACACCGUCCACGGGCGCCUGCUGCAGCUGCGGGCACUGCUGGCCUCGGCCACGGCCUCCGGGGGGCUGUCGGCCGAGGCGCUGCACCCCGUGGCUCUGCAGCUGGAGGCGCGGGGCUGGCUGCUCACCCCUGCCCAGCGCUGCCCCCUCCUCCGCGCCGCCUUCCUCCAGGUGCUCGCCCUCCUGCCCACAUCCCUCAGCCCUGGCUUUGCCCAGUACAUCUGUGACACCAUCAGCACCAAGCUGGGCAGCCUCCCACAGCGGGGAGAGCCAGGCUGUGCCGAGCCACAGGUGGGCUCAGCCGUUCUCCACCAAACCAUGGCCCACUUCAUGUGCAGCGAGGCAGCCCGGCUGGCAGACAGCGAGCGGAUUGCUGCCGUCUGCUCACUCCUCCAGCAGCCCAACCCUGACAUCCAGCUUGCCAUCCUGAGCUGGGUGAUUGCUGGGGAGGGAGGAACGUGCAAGGAGAUGGAGAACGCCCUUGGGCUGACAUUGCUGGAGAGCUUGCGGUCGGUGCUGCAAGAGGGAAGGGACAAAGAGUUCCUGAGAUUGUACCUUGAGGCUUUGCUGCAUCUUUACAGAGAUCCCUCGUCAUGGUCCCAGGAAGCUUCCAGCAAGCUCCAGGGCUCCUCCGCAUCAUGCCUGGAGCUGCUGCUGCACAUGGUGGAGGCUGAAUGUCCUGGGCCUGAUCUCCUCUUCCAGGCACUGUGUGCUGCCAGCCUGCUGCUCGCCCACCAGUGUGGGGACGAGGACGGCGCGCUGGUGGAGCGCUGGUGCGCGGCGCUGGAGGAGUGCAGCCGCUGCCCUUGGUCGGAGGUGCUGCGGCUGGCGGCCGCCCACUCCCUGCGGACAGCAGGGGCCGCCGUGGUGCAGCCAGCCCUGCGCGCUGCCCGGCCCUCGCUCGUCCCCGUGGCUCUGCGGCUGAUAAACGUGGCCAUUCACCUUCUGCAAGAUGAGGAGCGGGAGGUCCGGCACGAGGCCUCAGGUUUUGCCAGCCUCCUGCGGCAGAGCCCAGGGGAGCUGCUCCAAGACGGCUGCAUCUUUGUGCAGGACAAUGUGGGGCUCCAGAGCCUCCUGGAGCUCCUUCUGAGAGAGUUUGGGGAGCACCCUGAGACCUUCAACUCACUGCUUCAACACAUCCCCACCUUAGAUCUCAGGAGUGUUGUGGAGGAGCUGGAGGCCAAUAAACCUGCCAGCCUGUACAAGGAGGAUGAACCGAACGUUUUUGCAGAGCCAGCUGUCUUGGCACGGCAGCUGCUCCCUGUCCUGGUGCAGCUCCUGGAGAAGGCUCCCACUGGCAGCCCACUCCAUGCCUCAGCUCUGCAGUGGCUGGAAGCCAAAGGCCCCGGUCUGCUGAGGGACCUGCAGUACUGCAAGCACUGCUGGAGCCAAGGGACUGCUGUCCACUGGGGGAUGAAGGCGCUGGGCUGUGCCAGGCUCCACACAGCCCUGGCCGUGCUGCUGGUGAGGGCCCGGCUGGUGGCACAGGUGCUGCAGGUGCUGGGGGAAGGUGCCACCGCCGUGCCAGGCCUGGGCUGUGGCACCCAGGAGAUGGAGCAGGAGCUGGAGCUGGUACAGGGGCUGCUGGUACAGCAUGGGCUGGCCCCUGUGCCAAAUCAGGACAAUGCACCAGGAGAGCUGCGACCACUGCCAGGGACUGACAACUCCAGGCAUGCAGCAGUGUGACAGAAACCCUGCAGCCCUCUUCCUCCAUUUCCUGGAUGCUCUCUGACCUGCAAGUUUGCUGGCGUAACUCAGGGGAACCCCACUCACAGUGUGGGACACACUCAUUUUGUUUCCAGUUUCCAACUCUCCAGCUGACGACUCCAGUGCAGCAUGGCUUCCUUGCCCUCAGCUCUGGCUGGCAGGAGGGGACCUGUGCUCCAGAGCUCUCACACCCCUUCAUGCUCAACUCCCACCACCUGUUUUUUAACCAGCACUUUGGUCUUUGGCCAACCUGGGCUUUUAUCCCAAAUAAAGAGG